AUGCUGUGUGUGUUUAGAAGGAAGCUCUGUUGUCUUUUUUCAAGGCUCCGAUGGGUCAUCAGGAAACGAGUGAGGGCCAGAGUUAUCAUUAGGAGGUUGAGGAAAGCAAGAUGGAGAGCUCGAAGAAAGAAGAGCCCGGAAACUGAAAUUUCUUCUAUCCAUCUGAGCACAAACUCCAGAAAACAUAUUCGGGUUGCAACUUUUAACGUGGCUAUGUUUUCACUUGCGCCCGUCGUGCAAAACAUGGAGGAAACAACUUUUCUUGGUCAUAUAGAUAGCGACAACAUCACAAGUCCUUCUCCAAGAGGGAUUCUGAAGCAGUCUCCGUUACAUUGUUCUGCAGCCAAGAAACCAAAGGUCUGCAUUAAUCUCCCUGACAAUGAGAUUUCUUUAGCACAGAGCUACAGCUUUCUUAGCAUGGUCGAGCAAGACGGAAAGGAAAACAGAGGAAGUAUCUCCAUGAGAUCUCCUGUGUGUCUUCCUUCUUGUUGGUGGGACCAAGAAAGCUUUAAUGGAUACAGCAGCGGAAGAAGCAUAGCUGAGUUGCUAGGAGAGUUGGAUGCAGACAUCUUGGCUCUGCAAGACGUGAAAGCAGAGGAAGAGAAACUUAUGAAGCCGUUAUCGGAUUUGGCUUCCGCUUUAGGUAUGAAUUAUGUGUUUGCAGAAAGCUGGGCUCCUGAGUAUGGCAAUGCCAUACUGUCAAAAUGGCCUGUAAAGAAAUGGAGAGUUCAGAGAAUCGCUGAUGCAGAUGAUUUCAGGAAUGUGUUGAAGGUGACUAUAGAGGUUCCAUGGGCAGGAGAAGUAAACGUGUAUUGUACUCAACUUGACCAUCUAGAUGAGAAAUGGCGGAUGAAGCAAAUCGAUGCAAUUACUAGAGGAGACGAAUCUCCCCACAUUUUGUUGGGAGGCUUGAAUUCUCUUGAUGGCUCUGAUUAUUCCAUAGCAAGAUGGAACCACAUCGUAAAGUAUUACGAGGAUUCUGGCAAGCCAACACCUAGAGUUGAAGUGAUGAGAUCUCUCAAGGGAAAAGGAUAUUCAGAUUCAAAAGAAUAUGCAGGAGAAUGUGAGCCUGUUGUCAUUAUUGCCAAAGGCCAAAAUGUACAAGGGACAUGCAAGUAUGGGACACGGGUCGACUACAUUCUGGCAUCACCAGAGUCACCUUACGAAUUUGUUCCAGGCUCCUAUUCAGUUGUUUCUUCCAAAGGUACUUCUGAUCACCAUAUAGUCAAAGUUGAUUUAGCUAUAACCAAAGACCGAUCUCGAGGUAGCUUCAAACAUUCACGCAAGAAAGCAAAGCAGAAGAUCAUCCGGAUAAAAGCUAAUUUGAUAUCGGAAGAUUCAUGUAAAUUAGGAAAUCUGAUGUCUUUAUAA